UCCAAGUAUAUAACACAUAAAUACUCCACCUAUAAAAAUACCGGUUGUUUUCCAAACUUUCUUUUCUUCAAGAAACUUUGCAGUGAUCUCUCGGAAAGGUUGGGCAGAUUUAAUCUGAAUCAAGUGACGACGACAAACAAAAUAAACCGAUCCAUGACAGUAAAUAAUCACUAAUAAACUAAUGGCUGACAAGGUUUCAAAUAACCUCGUAGAUUCUACUAGUUCAGGUGAAACCCUAUUAAUGACGUUAAAUGUUACUGCAAUAAGCCAGCUACAUGCCACUGCUACUGUUAUGCGGAAUUUGGUCACGAUCGUGUGAUAUCGCAACGAACAUUUCAUCGCUACAAAACGAUCUGCAGUAAUAAGAACCAAAUGAAAAACUGAUGCAAGGCAAACGACGACAAUGACAUUUGGUGUUAUGCUAUAUAAUGUACCAUACACGGAAAGCAAUCCACCUGCCAAGCGAGAAAUCUCUGUUGCGAUGAACGCUGGUUGGGAAGUCAAUCCCAUCGCCAAAUCUGUUCCUGCCAAACUGGCCAGCAAAAUGUUACUCCUAGUUUGAAGCCUUCGUUUGGUCUUGAUCGCCAUAAUAAGAAGUGCGUUCAGAAGGAUAACCAGAGGGCAUGCUAUCAAAAGUAUGACGAUGGCCAGUACUUUAAUCAAGUCGCCUAUAAGGGCAUAGUCCACAUCAGGGGCAGUAGAAUUUGAAACAGAGAUGUUCCGAAGAGCAGUCAGUGGCAUUCAUUUCAGUGCUCCCUUCUCCGGAAUGUAGGGACGUGAGUUGACUAGUAUGAUUAUCGCUUGUGGACAUGCGCUGGUUGCUGGUUGAUCCUGAUUUGAUAUCUGGCUUGGCAAUACUGUGCGAUGGAGGUUAUCCACGGGAACGCUGUUCAGUCUCUUACCUAUGGUGACGAACAACAGUGAUAAGCAAACCCGUCGGCCCAUACGCUUUAGUUGUCUUAAGAUGAAAAUCAGUUUCUAAUCUUGAUUUUAUUUUAGGUAUAUUGUCACUGCAGCGAUUACAAAACGGACAAACAGGGAUCCACACAAUCUUACAUCUAUUAACAAAAACUUCAAGGCGCUUUCGCCACCUGACAGAAUUCUCACCGGAGCUUAUGAAAUCCGGGAUUUGAUCUUUACAAAUAUGAACAAUUUAAUCAGAACUCAGGACGUUUUGUACUUGUAUGAUGAGAGCUGGACACCUGAUGUCAUUUCUGUUAAUACUGCCACCUUAAGCACUUCUGAUUGGUUGGAGGUAGAUCAAUUUAUCCCAAAUUGUAUGGAUAGCUGAAAAAUUAAAUUUAAGUUGUAUCGGCCGCAUUUGAGCAAUGGACUUACUUCUUGGUAUGAAAGCGAACAUAUCUAUGAUAAAACUUCCAGGUUUGUCAUUUAAGACAAACAAGACGCUACUUAUGGGAAGCAGCAGUAAACAAAAAACACGAAGAAAACAACUGAAACUUGGCUUCGCUUACACUUCAGCUGAUCUGAUAUAAGCUUGUAUUUACGGUUGCCGUAUUAUUUAAGGGAAAUCGGUCUUCCUUUGGACGGAUUAAUUGUAUAUAUGCAUUGAUACAGUCCGAUCUGUUCACGCAUACAAUUAAUUUCUAAAUGUUUCUCAAACAGACCGGUUUCCUUUACUAAUUCCUUGGCAACCUGUCCAAAUUUGACACCCGUUAUUAGCUUUGCAAUACAGUGAAACCUCUAUUAAGCGGACCCCCAAAUAAUUUUCGCGAAAAGCGAAACGCUAUGUUUCAAAAUUGAAUCAGGAUUAAACAAACGAACAAGCAAGCAUAUGGUUCGAUAUUGAAUGAAUUUUUUCUGUCCUUAGACAUCGCAUAUAACUUUCUUUCAUUCCUAAUAACCAAAUUCUAUCACACUCAGCGGUGUUAAAAACAUCGAUUUUUGCCCUCUCGUCCGAUGCGCUGGAGCAAGGCCAAAGUAGUACUAAAAAAAACAUUUUUUUUCACGACAAUCUAAUUCAUGUGGAUGUUAAGUUUAAAUGGUAUCUGGGGGGUCUCGUUUGACUCUGUAAAGCUAAUAAGGGAUAACUGUACUAAGGGAAUUAUUCUAUACUUCAGCGUGAAUUCAAUUACGUUCAUUCAUCGAUGAGAGGAAUGGCAUUUUAACUACAGUGCAAACCUUAUUGAAACAGAAAGCAUCCGUUCAGUAAGGAAACAAUUCCUGAAAGUAAUUUUACAGAGGAAUUAAUUUAAGUCCCUCGACAGAUCACAAGUUUUGCUAAUAACUAACGAAUCACCCUACCAAUAACGCCACGAUACUGCGAAAGUGUUUUAAUUCUAGUCAGGGAUAUCUGGUUGCCUUCUGUUCUGACAAUUUCUGAUAGUUAUUUCUAUCAUUUUCAGUGUCAAAUAUUAUUGAACUUGAACGAUGUAUCCAUAUAUGAUGUGCAAUGAACGACUACAACAUACUGAAGUAAAACCAAUUUUAUACAUACUUCACAGAAACAAUGUUGCCGAACUCUGUUGUAAGCUCUGCAAAAUUGGAAAGUUCUACUGCUUUAAAAGCUUUGAUUUACAUAGAUUACAUUUUAGAUAAUGUUAUGGCUGUUAAAUGUACAAUUGAAUCAUUUGCAUAUUACAUUAUAACAACUUAAUUAAAACCUGCUAAAUCAAUAACAUAAAAAUGCUCCACUUUGCCGACUGUUGCCAGUCACCACUCACACUCCCUUCCUUCUCUUGUCUUGAUCGCUUUUGCUUGUUCGUUUGUUAAAUUCUGAUACAAUUUUGAAACAUACAGUGUUUUGGUUUUCGCGAAAAUUCUUUCAUAUAUUGCAAAACAAAUAACGGGCGUCAAAUUUGUACAGGUUGCCAAGGAAUAAGUAAAAUAUGCGUGAACAGAUGGGACGUUUUAAUAAUUUCCACCGGAGUGCCUGGAAAUCGGUCUGUUUGAGAAAUAAUUAGAAACCGGACUUUUCAGUAAUUGCCACGAGUGGAAAUUAGAAAAAGGCCGAUCUGUUCACGCAUACAAUUGAUCUGUCAAAGCAUACAAUUAAAGCACCCAAAAAAGACCGAUUUCCUUUUAAUAAUACGGCAACCGUAAAUACAAGUGUAAGUCAGAGAAACAGAGGCGAGUUUCGGUUACUUUCGUGUUUUUGUUUACUGCUGCUACUCGCGAAAAGCUUAUCCUUGGGCUGAAACGGCAAACCUGAAAGUUUUAUCUGAGACAUGUUCGCUUUCAUUACCAAGAAGCGAGUCUUUUGCUCAAAUGCGGCAGAUACAACUAAAAUUCAAUUCAUUCUGCUUUCGAUACAAUUUGGGAUAAACUGAUCUCCCUCCAACCAAUCAGAAGCGAGUAUUUACGGUAGCAGUAUUAACAGAAAUAACAUCAGGUGUGCAGCUGUCAUCACACAACUACAUUAGUGUAAUUCUGUGUUUUAGUAGCGUAACAACGUCCUGAGUUCUGAGUAAAUUGUUAAUAUUUCUAAAGAUCAAACCUGACCUUUAUGAGCUCCGGUGAGAUUUCUCUCGGUGGUGAAAGCUCCUUUAAUUUUUUGUUUAUAAAUUUUAAAUUGUAUGGGUGCCUGUUUGUCCGGUUUUUAAUCACUACAUUGACAUUACACCUAAAUUGAAAUCAGGAUUAUGAAAAGUUUUUCAUUUCAUGACUACAAAGGCAUAUGGGCCGAUGGGUUUGCUUAUCACUGUUGUUCGUCCCCAUAGCGUUCCCGUGCAUAACCUCCAUUGCGCAGUAUUGCCAAGCCAGAGUCAAUUCAGGAUCAACCAGCAACCAGCGCAUGUCCACAAGCAGUAAUCAUAUUAGUCAACUCACGUCCCCACAUUCCGGAGAAGGGAGCACUGAAAUGAAUGCCAACGACUGCUCUUCGGAACAUCUCUGUUUCAAUUCCACUGCCCCUGAUGUGGACUAUGCCCUUAUAGGCGACUUGAUUAAAGUACUGGCCAUCGUCACACUUUUGAUAGCAUGUCCCCUGGUUAUCCUUCUGAACGCACUCGUUAUUAUGGCGAUCAAGACCAAACGAAGGCUUCAAACUAGGGGUAACAUUUUGCUGGCCAGUUUGGCAGGAACAGAUUUGGCGAUGGGACUGACUUCUCAGCCAGCGUUCAUGGCAGUGGAGAUUUUCCGGCUGGCAGGUGGAUCGCUUUCGGUGUAUGGUACUUUAUUUAUCGUGGUGCAAAGUGCCAUGAUCGUCCUUUGUCUUGCAUCGCUUUUUCAUUUGGUUCUUAUCAGUGCAGAUCGUUUUGUGGCGAUGAAAUAUUCGUUGCGAUAUCACACGAUCGUGACCAAAUUCCGCGUAACACUAGCAGUGGCAUGUAGCUGGCUUAUUGCAGUUAUAUUUACCGUCAUUAAUAAGGUUUCACCAGAACUAGUAGAAUCUACGAGGUUAUUUGAAACCUUGUCAGCCAUUAGUUUGUUAGUGAUUAUUUACUGCCAUUUAUCGGUUUAUUUUGUUUGUCGUCGUCAUUUGAUUCAGAUUAAAUCUGCCCAACCUUCCCAAGAGGUCACUGCAAACUUUUUUGAAGAAAAGAAAGCUUGGAAAACAACCGGUAUUGUUUUAGGUGGAGUAUUUAUGUGUUAUAUGCUUGGAUUUCUUUCUGCAUUAUUAUCUAUUAUUUUACCAGCUAACAAGAAAAUGUUAGAGAGGUUAUUGCCAUCUAUUUUACAUAGGUCCUUUAUCAUGUUAAACUCUUUUCUUAAUCCAGUUAUUUACUGCUGGAGAAGCACAGUAAUUCGUAAAGCAAUGCUGCAACUUUUAAAGAAAUCAAGGUAACUGAUACCACUUGAGUGAAAUAAAGAACUUGACACCGUGUGGCACUCGUACAUUGCUUAAGGUAGACAUUUGUAGACAAAUUCUCCUUAUUAUAUUACGUGUUAAUGUACUUGUUUUAUUGAUUCCUUGUUGAGCCUGGGUUACACAUAAAAAGAAGAAAUAAAUUGGGUGAUAUUCACAGAGAACAUUUCCUGAGAACAGGGCAUGUCAGGGAGAGUGUAGCUUUAGGCGACAGAGUGUAGCAAAGAAUAGAGG